UACAAGAGAGGUGAAAGAAAAUCUCAUGAGGGAAUCCUAAGCUUUAUAUGAGCAACAACAUCAGACGACAUAAGCAUUUUCCCCAGAAAAAUUAUGCAUCAAAGGGUGGGAGCACCAAAGAUAAUUGAGAUGAAACCCAAUAAUCCACUGCCCCUCCCUCCCUCUUUAUGCCUCUCUUUCUCCUUGGAUUAUCCCUAUUAAAGAGCAAGCACCCCACUUAUUCAAGCCUCUGCAGCACAAAAUUCUCAUUAAUUAACCAUCUAGCUAAAUUGGAAGUGUUGCCUUGCUGCUAUGACUUCCCAGAGGGAGGAGGAAGAGGCAAACAAGAUAUCAAAUAACAACCACGAUGCAGAAACCAAGACAAGUGAAAAUGAAGAAAUAGGUUCGGGAGACGAUAACUUGGGGGAAUGGUUGAGUUUAGGCCUCAACAGAAACGAGUCCUUCACAGUUGGAGACUCUGAUUCCCAAUCAAAGCCUGCCAGUAACAAGGUUUUCUCUUGCAACUUCUGCAAGAGGAAGUUUUUCAGUUCACAAGCAUUGGGUGGUCACCAAAACGCGCACAAAAGAGAAAGAGGAGCUGCAAAAAGGUACCAGACUCACAAGAUGAUGAUGACAACAACAGGGUUUCCCUUCACGCCUCGAUCACUGGGGGUCCAGCCCCACUCGGUCGCUCGCAAGCCGAGUAGUCAAGGGUCUGCCAUGGUAGCGCGAUUUGGUGAUGCCAAUGCAGGAUUUGGGAUGGCAUCGACACCGUUCAUGCUAGAAGAAGCAAUGGAUUUGAUUUGGCCAGGAAGCUUUCGCAUGGACAAGUUGCCUGCAGAGCAAUCAUCAGAUGAUCAUCAUCAUCAUGUACAUAAUAAGCUUGACUUGAAUCUUCGGCUGUGAUAUAAUAUAUUUACUUUUAUCCUUCUAUUCGUGUUUCAAUUUAUGUUAAUGUCCUUUAAUCCCAUCCGUGUAAUAUGUUUCUUAUGCUCAUCCUUCAAAUAAAUCAAAUAUACUAACUAAUUAGGUG